AUGAUUCGGAGCCGUUCGCGUUACUUUGUGAAUCAGUACCAGCAAUUUUCAGGGACGUUAUCCAAUGUUGAAUAUUUAAGAGAUCUAGUGAAAAGGGUCUUACAACUGAUCGAAGAGAAAAGUCCUCCGCAGAGAGCAAGCCGAGAUGGCGGUCUUUAUGUAGGAGCUGGUGGUAUAGGAUACGCUUUCUUCUCUGUAGCGGAGUGCACAGAGUUUUUGAACAUUCGUGAACAAUGCCUUGGAAAAGCCUUGGAGUACAUGAAGGUCCGUUUGCAAACUCUCAGAACAAUCAACUUGAGUUGUGCUCGAAAAGUUGUCGCAGGACGGUUUUAAUUCUAUAUGCGCGCUAGAUAUUUUAUACUAAGGUUCCGUUUGACAGGGUGCUAAACUGAUAACUGAAGCGAGGAUAGUGCAAAAGCAACGAGACCGUUGAAAUAAUUAUCUCUGAAAAAAGAAAAAAGAAAACUAAAAAAAAGAUAACCCUUUACACAGCUUAAGAUAACGCACUUUAAAAUUUGGAUACUAUAAUCAUCAAUUUAACAAACCGUGUAAAUAUCGAACGUUAAAACCAAUCUUUCUUUUCCUUUCUUUUCUUUUAAGGUUAGUCUAGAAGAGGUAUCAACAACGUCUCCCUAUGAUGAUGGUAUUGGGGCAUCAUUUCUCCUAGGACAUGCAGGGAUUUAUGCAGCAUCAGCACUAGUUUUCAAUGCUUUGGGUUUGUAUUAGCUCUAUGAAAAUGAAAUAUUUACUACAUUCAUGAUCAUGUUAAUUAAUACACAAUUUAUAAAACGCAAGUAAGUGUUAUGUGGAAGAGGUAUGCAUGUGGCCUUGAUUAGAGGUUGCUAACAGUGUGCAUUUUCACAAUUAUAUUUUUGUAUUCUUUUGUUAUUGUUGUUGUUGUUGUUGUUGUUGCUGUCAUUUUGCUUUUUGGUUGUUGUUAGGAAUUUAUUUUUUUCUUGAUACAACAUUUCCCUCCAAAAUUUGGCAUAAGUGCCUUAGCACUUGAGUCAAAUUUUGGGUAAAAGGAGGGAUGAUAUUUGGAUUCGGAGGGUGCUUAUACGGUAACAUGUUGUUGCAGGGUGUCAGCAAGAAACAGAACAGUGUAUCCAGAAUUAUCUGGAGAUGGCUAAAAUCUGCCAGCCACUGAAUUUCUUUCGUCCUGGUUCUGAUGAACUGUUUGUUGGUAGAGCUGGUUACUUAUGUGGGUCACUUCUCUUGAACAAAAAGCUUGGCAGGACUGUGGUACCUCCAGAAGUCACCAGACCCUUGUUUGAUGCCAUCAUAGAGUCUGGGCGACAGUAUUCACAGAGUCACCAGUCACAAAGCCCACUCAUGUACUCAUACUACAGGACAGAGUACUUAGGUAUUAUGCUGAGGGUUUCAGUCCUUUGGAAAAUUUAAUAAAAUUAAGCCUGGCAUCAUGCCUCUUACAUUUUGGCAAUAAUUAAUGUCCCAACAAUGUAAGAGAGGGUAGGCUAGACAUUGUAACAGGUAUCAAACACGAUAGAUAAGUACCACAAAGUUGCUGACCCCUCUUUCUCUAGGACAGUUUAUUAUGAUGUUAUCAAGAACAAAAAAUGUGGAAAAUCCUCUAUUUACUACUGUUUGAUCAAAUUGAUUAAUUUUUUAUCUGCUAAUUAUUAAUCUAACUUAUUGUUUAUUAUUUUGUACAUGAUGGAAGACCUUUGUAUGACUUCAAAGAGUUUAAAUAUUGUUUCAUGACCUGUUGAGAGUUGUCAGAGGAAUUAUCCAAAGGUAAUUUUUUUUUUUUCAAAUUUCUAUUCAGGGGCAGGUCAUGGACUUUCAUCCAUUUUACAAAUGCUGCUUAGUUUCCCAGAACAUUUUAGCAAAAGAAAAGAUGUUGAAUCUCUCAUUCAUCAAGCUGUCGACUACGUGCUCACAUGUGAAUGUUCUAAUGGAAACUACCCACCUGUUCCUAGAGAGGUCCGUCACCAAGAAGCUGAGCUGGUACAUUGGUGCCAUGGUGCUCCAGGGAUUGUUUAUCUUUUGGCCAAAGCUUAUCUUACCUGGAAAGAUGAUAAAUACUUGCAGGCCAUGAGGAGGUGUGCUGAUCUUACCUGGCAGAAGGGAUUGUUGCGCAAAGGGCCAGGGAUAUGUCAUGGUGUGGCAGGUAAUGCAUCAUUGUUAAAUAUCUAUCUUACAGUUCACAUCUCUUCCUUUUUUCAUUCAGAACAGGAGAACAGUCAAUCCUAUGUUAUUUUCCAAGUGGAGUCUUGGGAUCAAUAUCAGUAUCUGGGCAACUGCCCACCUACCCCUCCCCUAACCCAACAUUAACCCUAACUUGUCAUCAAUCACCAAUUUUUCUAAGAGGAAAGCAAAGUGGUAAAAAAGUGAUUUGGCCUCAAACGAAAUUCGAACGCUUGCCUGAAGGACCCUGGUGUACAGAAUACAGACCUAUUGAACAGGAACUGUGACAUUUUAUUACUUAUAUUGACAAAAAGAUAUAUAUGAAAACUUUUUUGGAAACGGAAAAGUGGAAGAAACGAAAGCACGGAAUACAGCCCGCAAGCUUAUAUAUUAUAUGUCUCUUUCCUUUCUUUUUUAGGGAGUGGAUACGUCUUCUUAUUGCUCUAUCGUCUGACCAAAGAAGACCAAUACCUUUAUCGUGCGCAGAAGUUCUCGGAAUUUAUGCAGACAGAAGAGUUUCAAAAGGGAGCAAGAACUCCGGACUCACCAUUCAGCUUAUAUGAAGGAUUGGCUGGAACUGUGUGUUUUUACGCCAAUCUUUUAAAUCCUUCCGAGGCGGUUUUUCCAUUCUUUGAAGUCUUCUAGUGAUCGACUAUUUGAAAUACAUUGUCUUAUAUAAGGAUUGAGGGGCCUUAGAGAUUUCCAGUUAAAUGACAAAUGAUAAUAAGGAAAGAGAGAUUUUCCGAGCUGCAGUAUAGUUUGAGCACAGUAAUUUGCAAAUCUGACUCGUUUUUAGAAACCUACUCAAGCAGCAGUUUUACUUUGGUUUUGCUCUUGGAUCUAAAGCGGCAAGGAAAUGGUUUAAAAAUAUUGUAAAAUUUAAAAUUUAGAGAGUUAUGAUCGGGUUGCUUAAAAUAGACCUUAUCCAUGAAUUUCUUCAGAUUCCAAAUCAUGUGCGCUUGAGAUCAGCAAAUGAAUUUUUCGUGGCUCCCUCUUUCCACUUGCCAGUCAUAGCCUGUUUACGUAGAACACAACGAAAACAGUUACACCCACCUCUAGGCAGAGAACCUGUCUCUCACUUCGCUGUGGAUCAUCUUA